UGUAUUCUCUCCAUAAGGAAGCUUUAUUAACCAGUAACUGCAACCAUUAGACAGGAUGAGGUACUGUGCUUGUUCUGGCUAUGGCUUCCCUCAACUUUACUCUCCCGCCAUUGACACCCAUUUCAUUUUCUCUCUCCUCUCUCACUCAAUUCCAUGGCCGAACACUCCCACACCAUCAUUCUUCAAUACCCGCGUCUUCUCUUCCCAUUCUACCACACGGCCAAAUCCAAUUAAUGAAAUUCAAAACUCCCAACAUCAGCUGCACUUUCUCUUUGAUUUCCGACACUUCUGGGAUUCCCAUUGUUGAAGAUGAUGAAAGUGGGUUUAUAGUUGUAAACUUUUAUCACUUUGUUUAUAUUGAAGACCCUGAAUUUGAAGUUUCCAAGCAUUUAUCCGUUUUAGAGGAGCUUGAUAUACAUGGACGGAUAUAUAUCAAUGAACAAGGUGUUAAUGCACAGUUUAGUGGACCAUCAAAAGAUGCUAUGUCGUAUGUGAAAUGGCUUAGAGAUGACCAAAGAUUCACUGAUAUUUUGGUCCAAAUUUCUCCUUCUAGUGGACAUGCAUUUCCAAGAUUGAAGAUGCGUUACAAGCCUUCACUGGUUCAGUUUGAUUUAGGAGCUCAAGAUCUUCCUCUCCUUGAUCCCUCAAUGCGUGCAGAACCUCUAUCACCAUCUGAAUGGAGGGCUAGGUUAAAGUCACUAGAUAGCAAUCAUGACAAAGCAAAUGACGAUCACAAGAGUUGCAUUUUGUUGGAUGUGAGAAAUGGUUAUGAAUGGGAUAUUGGUCACUUCCAGGGGGCUCAACGUCCUGAAGUUGACUGCUUUAGAACUACUUCUUUUGGGCUAUCAAACCUACAGGUGACUGAUUCAGAUCCUUUAGUGAAUGUUGAUAAAGAUAAUACAGAUAUUUUAAUGUAUUGUACUGGAGGAAUUCGCUGUGAUGUAUAUUCUACCAUCCUCAGACAAAAGGGUUUCAAGAACCUUUACACUUUGAAGGGUGGUGUUUCAAAUUAUCUCAAGAAGGAAGGUCCAGAAAAAUGGGUAGGUAAUUUGUUUGUAUUUGAUUCUCGCCUUUCACUCCCACCGGCCACUUUCAAGCCUGGAGCCACAACCUCAAGUGGAAGUCAGGAAGCUCCGACUAAUAGCAAAUUUGCUCGAUGUUACAUAUGUGGUUCACAAGUUAAUGAAUUAAGACAUCGGAAUUGUGCAAAUCUGGACUGCAACCUCCUUUUCCUUUGCUGCAGAAACUGUGUGGAAGGACUGAGAGGGUGCUGCUGUUCAAAUUGUAAAACUGCUCCACGGCUAAGACCUGUUUUGUUUGGAAGCAGAAGGUACCAAAAAUGGCACCUUUAUCGAGAUAGUAAGGUUAGAGAAGAGAUUUCUUAGUUUGAAUCACAGCACUAACUUCCCUCUAUUUGCAUUUGAUUUUAUGUUAUCAUCUUCUAUAUUGAUGUGUAGCAAACUGGAACUUUUAAAAAAUUUGAUGCAUUUGUGCCUUCUGUAAAUAUAUGUGAUGAGAAUGAAAUUAGAAGUCCAUGAUUUUGAUUAGGUUGAGCUUUCAA